AUGUCAGACGCCGGCUUUGAUAGGCACAUUACCAUUUUCUCCCCUCAGGGAAGAUUAUAUCAAGUUGAGUAUGCCUUCAAGGCUAUCAACUCCGCCAGCAUCACAUCAAUUGGCGUUGUAGGAGAGGACUCGGCCGUGUUAAUAUCGCAGAAGAAAGUGUCGGAUAAGCUUUUAGAUCCAUCCACCGUUUCCUACUUGUUCCAGAUCACACCAUCCAUUGGUAUGUUGGCCACUGGUUCAAUUGCCGACGCAAGAAACUUGGCUUUGAGAGCUAGAGCGGAGGCCGCAGAAUUCAAGUAUAAAUAUGGAUACGAAAUGCCUGUCCAGAGUAUCGCCAAGAGAAUGGCCAACAUGUCACAGUUGUACACACAAAGGGCUUAUAUGAGACCUCUUGGAGUUAGUUUGACAUUUUGUCAAGUUGACUUUGAGGAUGAGGGCAAGGGCCCUCAAAUAUUUAAGUGCGAUCCUGCUGGUUAUUACACUGGUGUCAAGGCUGUUUCGACGGGUCCUAAACAGCAAGAGGCAACCACCUAUUUGGAGAAGAAGUUUAAAAAGAUGGAUCAUGUUAAGGGUGACUGGAAGGCAACCGUCGAGUUUGCUAUCACCGCUUUGAGCUCCGUAUUGGGCACUGAUUUCAGAAAGAAUGAUAUUGAAAUUGGUGUUGCCACUCAGGAUCGCUUCCAUAUUAUGACGCCGGAUGAGAUUGACGAGAGGUUAGUCGCCAUUGCCGAACUAGACUAA